AUGUUGACCGGCACUGGUAAAAGUACGGUGGACCUGGACCGACACCAGUUGUGCCACGAAAAACGAAAACCAAAUACAGGGUACAGCUCCGUUUCCGUAGCUGUAGCCGAAGACCGACUGCUGUACGACCAUUCGCGGGGUCUCUCCCGACCCCCCGAGGCUCAGGGCCUCAGCGAGCUCACCAACGCCGGGCCUGGCCCGGCAGGACUCGUUGUUGGCAAUGUACCCUCGUUAUCAAACGAGGGGACCGUCAUUAGCCAACAGAAGCGCGGCGAAGGUGCCAUAGUGGAGGUGACCUGCUCCAAGCGCCGGGCUCGACUGCAGAAGCCACACUGCAAAGUCAGGAUGCAAGUGGGUCGGGUCGACCCGUCGGGUACCCGCGACCCGGCGGGUCAUGGGGCGGGUUUGGACAUGUACUGGGUGAAAAGCAACCCGGCCCGAGAAUAA